ACUACGGCCGUGAAUGCGGGAGGUGGUGUCGGGCAAGAUUGAGAUACCUAUAAGAACCAUUUUGAUACCUAUAAGGAUAUAGAUACCUAUAAGGUGUUGGCGGCAGGGUAUAUAGAACAGUUGCGGAGAGAUCUCUAUAUACCGUGGCGGAGAGUCUCCAGGUUAUUUUUGCAGGCCCGAAGAGAUGGGUUGGCACUUGAAGAAGUGUUCUGCACAGCUGGUGCUGCACCUCAUCAUUGGAAUCUGCUUGGUGCUGGUCCAUAUCUUCCAAUCAUGUGUGCUCAACUACUACAUUAUCUCACAGGCCAAAGACUCUCUCAAGGCCUACUUUUGGUUUGCAGCAGACUUUGUCAUCCUUUUUCUGUUCAUUGGCUCCCUGGCGAUCGCGCACCGGUACCUGCACUAUAAGCGCCGCGACCGCGCCGGCCAGUUCCCGUACUCACCAAAACGGCUGAUCCCGCACUACCCGCGGUCCAAGCUGGGCAUCCUGCCGCUGAGCUACGUGUCGUGGGUCGUGUACGCCACGGUGGUGGUGGCCAAAGUGGUGGUGAUCUUCACCUCGGAGAUCCCCAACACGCUGCAGCCGACCGACCGGUGGGGGCCGCAGCUGCUCAAGAUCGCCAUCGCCUCGUCGAGCGCCGUGUUCAUGCUGCUCGUGGAGGGCCACCACGACGCCGAGCCGACCUCUGCGCGCAACACCUACAUCCGCCUGCUGUGCGGCUCCACCGCCUACGAGAUCAUGGACUCGGUGCAGUUCCUCAGCCUGCUGAUCCUCUCCGACAGCCACAUCGUGAUGACCUUCACCCUGGAGAACACGGUGCUGGCGCUCUCCGCCGUCAACUUCAUACUGCCGACGCUGACGCUGUACAAGCUGAGCCUCACGGACUUUGGCCUAGAAACCGGAUCACCAUUCGUCAUGCUAGUCUACAAGCUGCUGCACCUGUUCCUCAUCAACGGUUCCUACAUGGUGAUCCGCAUCAAGCUCUGGGUGUCCCUCGGCGGCGACAUCUCGCUGUUCCUCAUGAAGAACAUCCUGGGCAUCUGCACAACACUCUACUCGCUAUACCCGAAUCUGGUCCAGCUGUACGAGACGUGCCGGCCGCCGCCGCCGCAGAAGCCCGACGAUCUCGAGCUGGAUGAUGUUCAGAGCGAGGCUCUGCGCCGUCCGGCCGCGGACGGCGAGCCGGCGCCGCUCUGAGCCCGGCCGGCGCCGGACCGACGCGCCCCGGCCGGUCCGGCAGACGGAGUGCCGUGGUCAGCGCGCGGAGUGUGAGUCGCACGCGCCGCUGGGACCCGGAGACCGGCAGGGUGGAGAGGGCGUGACAAACUGGAGUGGAACAUCAGAGAGGAGGCUCGGUAAAUCAAGUAGUCUCUGGCAGAGUCCGUGUGGAGUUCUACGGGCAGUGGAAUGUGAACUGAGGAUGUGCUCUUUUACGGCACACAACAGCCAAAGUAACGGACGCUGUGUGAGUGAUCACCAAACGUGGUCGCAUUAUAACACUGACCGAAAUGAGACUGUCACAAAGCGUAUGGAAAACAUUAGGAGAAAUGUUCUAGGUGGAAAUCAGCUUUGCCGCUGCGAGAUGUCUUGCCCUUUGUGAGCUGUGCUUGGACUGAUAACCGCCCUGGCUUGGCCCCACCUCGGCACAACCGUGGCGGGCUGGUCUACAUAGUCUGCAGAAUUCAGACGCUGGUCUGAGUGGACUGAAACGGCAUGUCGGUGCCCAUUGCGAGCGUGCGUCCCAUGACCAGGCCAGUUCUUCGGCUGGGCGAGUAGUGGUGGUGUGAACUAGUAGUGUGUAGUUAGUUGGUAAGACGGCGUUCGACGUCGUGUAAGAGGGUGGGUAGCACAGGGUUCUGCGCGCUGGUGCUCAGCUGCCACGCUCGUUGUUACGGAGUUCGACCUUGUACCGGCCGAACUCGUACCUACGUAGGUAGUUUCUGUUAGUCACUCAUCGUCUCUGUCGCACACGAUUGUUGCGAAACUCGAGCGGGCCUGGCGGGCUACGCCGUGAUUCACCGCAGUUGUGGAUAGCAGAUUCUGUAAGUCAGUCACCUGAUCUCUUAUGGGCACAGUAUGCAUAAUGAGCCAGUCUCACCUGAGAACAUGCCACAACUCACAACAAACUACUAUUUUAGGGUUUCUGUUAAGUUUUGUCUGCUGUCUGGUCCUGGGCCAAUAUUGGAGAGCUUUUCGAAUGUCACUGUUUCAGACCGUUGCCAUUCACCUCUGCGGCUUAGCUGAGGCUCAGCCCUGCUCACAGUUCGCGUCUUUUGCCUGGGCUUUCAUAUGCAUACUACAAAAUGUGAUGACGCUUAUGAACCGUUUUACGUGGACUGGACACCACAGUUUGCUCUGGCUCUUUGGCGGCAAAGGUCGUCCUAGGACGCGUCCAAACGGUGUGUUAGUUCCAUUUCAAGUUCCGUGAUUGGCAUGGUUUCAAACCGCUGUAGUAUAGUUCAGGUUUUAUGGCAUUUGUGUGAAUGAUUAGGGGACAUUUACAUACCUCUGUAUUACUGUGAAUGUUGCACGCUUCAAUCACACCGACUUUGUUGUGGAACUUCAAAUUGCGUAUUUUCGGCGUGAACCGCUUCUUAGCGUAUUGUUUCUGGAUUGCCUGUCUAGACGGAG